AUAAAAUACUCUCCCAGCUCGUUUUGCUGUCGGUUUUCUUUUUUUUUUUAUUUAGAUUGUUUCCUUCUGUUCAUCAAAACUUGAAUCUCACUCACUCCAUUCACAAAACACUCAAUCUUUAACACAAUGGCCCGUACCAAGCAAACCGCUCGCAAGUCCACAGGAGGAAAGGCUCCUCGCAAGCAGCUCGCCACUAAGGCUGCUCGUAAAUCCGCCCCCGCCACCGGAGGUGUUAAGAAGCCUCACCGUUACCGUCCCGGUACUGUCGCUCUUCGUGAGAUUCGUCGCUACCAAAAGUCGACUGAGCUCUUGAUUCGCAAGCUUCCCUUCCAACGUCUCGUCCGUGAAAUCGCUCAGGACUUCAAGACCGAUCUUCGUUUCCAGUCCUCUGCCAUUGGUGCUCUUCAGGAGGCCUCUGAGGCUUACCUUGUCUCUCUCUUUGAGGAUACAAACUUGGCUGCCAUCCACGCCAAGCGUGUCACCAUCCAGCCCAAGGAUAUUCACUUGGCCCGCAGACUCCGUGGCGAGCGCACCUAAAGUGUCCUUUUUUCCUCUUCUCUUGUCAUUAUAAUCCCAUCCUCUUUGUAACAUUAAUUCCAACUUGCAGCUCUGCUUAGUGUCGUCUGAUUAUGUUUUUUUAUUUUGGGUGAAUCAUUACUUGUAAAGUAGCAGUGCACCUUGCUAAACAAAAAAAAAAAGAAACGACACA